GUUGGUUCGGUCGCCGAGAGAAGGCGAACGGGAGAAGGCGGAGAGAAGCUGUGGAGGGACGCCACGGCACCGUAGGCGCACCGGCGAAGCUCUUUGCACAGGACAACAACGUCAAGAGCACAGGACACUCCUGGAGGGGUAUACGAUUUCCAAAGAAGAGGAGGUGGAAGGAGCGGGAGACACUUAAUUCUUAAACUAUCGUGGGGAUUACAGAGAGGCACCGUCACAGCAGCUUUCAUCCAGAAGUUGACCCACAGAAGAUGAUGUGCUAAUGUCUUGAGCUGAGGGGUCCUGAUUUCAUCCCCACUCAACUUUGUCCAUUCUCACACCUGAGACGCUUUUGAUCAGGCACCAACAGUAAUCACCACCUCCACCUUUUCCCCAUUCCCCCUUCCCAGUCUGCCGUCACAAUGGCGUCGGAGCUGGAGAGCAGCCUGACGUCCAUGGAUUGGCUUCCUCAGCUGACCAUGCAGGCAGCCAUCCGCAAGGCUGAUGCCCAGAAUGCCCAUGGGCCAGGCAUGGGCAAGAAGAGUACCCUACUGGAUCAUAACACCACUUUGGAUCAGGAGGAGGUGCAGCAGCACAAAGACGGCAAGCCUCCCUACAGCUACGCCAGCCUUAUCACGUUUGCUAUCAACAGCUCGCCAAAGAAGAAGAUGACACUGAGCGAGAUCUACCAGUGGAUCUGUGAUAACUUUCCUUACUACAGGGAGGCGGGCAGUGGCUGGAAGAACUCAAUACGGCACAACCUGUCAUUGAACAAAUGUUUUCUCAAAGUGCCUCGCUCCAAAGAUGACCCUGGAAAGGGCUCUUAUUGGGCCAUUGACACCAAUCCAAAGGAGGAUGCCUUGCCUACCCGGCCAAAGAAGAGGCCGCGGUCUGGAGAGCGGGCUUCCACGCCGUACAGCCUGGAUUCAGAGUCUUUGGGGAUGGACUGUAUGAUCUCUGGAAGUGCCUCUCCAACGCUGGCAAUCAACACUGUGACUAACAAGGUGGCGUUGUAUAACACAGACCAGGAUGGGAGUGAUAGUCCAAGAAGCAGCCUUAACAACAGCCUGUCUGAUCAGAGUCUUGCCUCCGUCAAUCUCAACAGUGUGGGCAGUGUUCACAGCUAUACACCGGUGACCAGUCACUCAGAACCCGUGUCCCAGUCUAUGAGCUUGCAGCAGCCUCCCCAGUCCCAGUACAAUAUGCCAGACAGGGACAAGCAGCUCCUUUUCUCAGAAUUUGAAGAUCUCAGUGCCUCCUUCCGCAGCCUUUACAAGUCCGUUUUUGAGCAGUCCUUCAGCCACCAAGGUUUGAUGGGCAUACCAUCAGAUUCGUCCCAGCAGACCCACACCUCUUGCUCCUAUCAGCACUCCCCUAGUGGCACCAUCGGCACUCAGAACAAUCUGUCAAACAACCAACCCAACAACCACCCCAACAACCACUCUGCCAACAGUGGUCAAGUGCCCCUAUCCCAUCCUGCCCAGGCCCACCCUGGCCACGGCUCACCACACGCGCAGCACCUGUCUCAACAUAGUGGCCCCCACAACCAACACGGCCAGCACAGCCAGCACUCUCAGCACCCGCAACACCCUCAGCACCCUCAACACGCUGCACACGCCCAGCAUGGGCAGCACCCAUCGCAGCACCCUUCCCACGCCCAGCACCAAUCCCAACAUACGCAGCACAGCCAGCACCCCUCUCAACAUGGACAGCAGCAUCAGAGCCUCUCCCACCAGCCCCAUCCUACUCAGCAACAGAUGGCCUGCAACACAGGUUUACUGUCUGACUGGUACCCAAAUCUGGAUGCAUUGAAAGAAAGUUGUCGUAUUGCCAGCAGCUAUAACUGGGCUGAUGUUGACCUUUCACCUUUCCAAGGGUUGAGAGAGAGUAUGAGACAAGCAGAGCUGAACAAUUGGUGCCUUGAACCCACCCAGAUCGCAGACCUCUGCUCGUCCAUCAACCAGUUUUUUGCCCGCACUGGUGUAAUUCAGCCACAGGGGGCAGUGCAGUCUCCCGUUUGCCAUGGAUCCAUGCACACCAACAAACCCAGCCAGCACCUCAACACAGGAAAUCUUUACAUGGACUCGAGACAGAGCAUGUCCAUGAUGGGUCCUCCGGGAUAUCCCCACAUGCCCCCUAUGAGCAGCACAGGACCCACUAUGACAGGACACCAUGCACAGAUGAACCAGCAGCACAUGAUAUCUGCCAGAAACUUCGCGAUGCCUCGCAUGCCAGCUGACGACAUCCAGGAUGAUUUUGACUGGGACUCCAUUGUCUAGCCGCUAAACUUCUUUUUUUUCCCCCCUUUUUUUUUCUUUUUUCUGCAAACAAAUGGGCGUGAGUAGAGGAGGUGGAAGCCAGAGGAAUCAAGGCUGAGCUGAAAGGGCCGCAGGUGGAGGAAGCCACUCUGUGAUGCAAAGCAUUUGGACAAGUUUUGGAGAAAUACAGACUUCAGAGUCCUGACGGUUUUACAAAAGCAAAACAUAACCAGAAAUGUUACUUUGAAGACAAUCAUAUUUAGUCGGACAUGUUAAAGUGAUUGCUUACAAACUUGAGAGACAAGUAGACACAUUCACGUCUAAACCACAUGCUCCUCAGCCAGCCCUCCCUCAUCCCCAGCGAUCAGCCUUCCAAAGUCCAACCGCUCUUCCCCCCCGACCCCCUCUGCUCCAUAACUGUUAUGUGAUUUGAGCAACGUGUUCAGCUUGUAAUUCUUCUCGUGUUGGCCUCAGCUGCCUCUUGGAUGAGUUUCUUUUUUCUUUUUUUUUUUUUCUUUUUACACAAAAUUUGUUUUGUACUUUUGUUUUUAAGAAACACAGGCCGUCUCUGUGAGUACUGGGAUGAUGCUCGUUGGUCACCUUUGGGAGGAAGCAGGCCCCGUCGUGGCUGAAUUGGUGGUAAAGUCAAGUUUACAAAAGCUGAGGAUAUAAACAGGGUGUUAAAUCUGUAACAAGUCAAAAAGAUCACACAGAUUAUUGCGAUGUUAUCCUAGUAAAUUAGUGUGAUCUGUCUCUUUGCAGAAGAGUUCUUAUGAGAGUACUCCCACUUUCUUUUUUCCUCUUUCUAAAGCACUUCAAAAUGGAUGAGUUCAAUGAUGGCAAGCAGAUGAAAGCAGGAAAGAUAAAGAUUUGAAAAUUAAUUUUACCCAAGGUAACUUGGGGUUUUGGCUCUCUGUGUGCAACAUGUUAUUUGCUCCACCAGUCACAAGCUGUUAUGAUUUUAACUUAGCUUUUUAAAGUUUAGUUUGUUGGGUAGAAAACUAUUGAUCAUGAAACGAAAGUACCCACACACCAAAUCUAAUUCCUGUAUUGUGUAAAUAUUCAUUUAUACAGUUACAAUCCAGAUUAAAUCCAAUAAAUAUUAGCAGUGACCAAACAGAUACAGCCACAGUCGAGUCUCGCUGGCAUGAAAUAUUACAACAAGCUAAAAAUUUAAAUGAUGCAACAGAAGGAUAAUGCAAAAAUAAAUCUGAUGCAUAUUUAGGGGUUUCGUUUAAUGAUCAGUGGAACUUACACAUAUCAGAUGUAACAUUAUGACCGUCUGCCUGAGCAGGUCCUCUUCGUAUCACCAAAAGAGCUCUGACCAGUCAGGGUGUGGACGAAGAAUCCUGUUAGUGGUUUUAAUGUUGUGGCUGAUUAUUUUACACCACAGAUAUAAGUUCUUUGUAAUGGCAGUCAUAAAGGCACAAGUACGCAUGCCUGUGUACAUCAAAGUGAGGUUUUGAUGCCGGCCACAGGGUUUAUUAUCAGAUCUGAAAUUUAAGCUGUGGACAUUACUCCUUUUUCUUUUUUUUUUUUUUUUUUGCUUUUAUCACUGCCCAAUGUUUAGUUGUGAUAGGUGGCAUAUGUAUUAUGCUGUUAUACAAUCACAACAGAAAACAAUGACUCACUCAGUGCAUAUGUUGUGUGUGUGUGUGUUUGUUGAACAUAUGGUGUGUGUGUGUAUUUUUGGUUUAUUCUAAUUUUAGGGCUAUGAUUGAUUGCUGCAAUCAUCUCUAUGCUAUCUAUGAGCACAAAAGCAGAUGCACAUGGUGAUGAGAGAGUAGAUCUGAGACCUGCGUUAUGGUGGAAAAGAGUUCCUCAAGCACAGAACAGGGUGAUGAGUUCCAGAAACCUAUCCUCUGUCUCCUGUACAAGUGGCUCCACAAUCAGACAGGUGCUGACCUUAAGAGACACUAUGUUUUUUUUAACAAAAAUAAUAAUAAUAAUAAGCCCUUUGCACACUUGUACUUUUUGUUUACUUAACCUUAAGAAGAAAAGCACCUCCUGACUAUACAAGGCUAAUCGCACAUAAUGAUUCAGCCGUGUUCAUUUAUGAAUCAUUUCACGUAGUCAAACGAGGUGUUGUCUGUAGUCAACAAUGACCAGGAUUGUUUUCUCUGUGCAGUAUUGCUGGGCUGUUUGUGGUGCUCUGCAUCUGUGAAACUGUGUUUGUUUGGAGGUAUAGAACAAUAUUUUAGGAAAUAUUACCUUUAAAACCAGAAAAAGAUAAACUGAUGCCUCCAUCAUGUCUGUAUGGUAAACAUGAAGCUGCAGCCAGAAGUCAGUUAACAUAGCAUAAAGACUGGAAACAAGGAAACACACAGCUCCUAUCAGCAAAUAUGCAUCCCACACACAGUGCAGCCUAAUAUUGAACACAUUAAGUGUUAAGUUUAUUGACUUGAGAUUAAUUUUUGCACAUUUAAAAACAAAUAUGAAUAUGAUUAGCCUAUAUUGUUGGUUUGACUUUAUGAUGUACAUAAAGCAUAGAAAAGAUUCAUUCUUUUGCCACAAUUCUUCGUUUCAGUAGCAGUCUCACUGGGAUUCUUGUCCCACCCUCCUAAGGUUAAAUGUUCCUCCUCUUAAAUGUUUCACUGUAAACAUAAUAGUAUAAUUUAAACUAAUCACAGAUGCCAAACAAAGCAUUUUGAAACGCUAGUGCUCCCUGUCACUCCUAUGCCUCAGAAUGGUCUGCUCUGUCUGCCAUUCACACCCUCCAGUUAGUGUCUUUGGACGGGUGUCAAUGGGGGCUGACGCUGUGAGUACCCACUUUUCAAAGGUGAAAUUAAAAUGAAAAAUGUCAGACAUUUUCUUUUUACUUUCUUCGCUCAGUAUAAUAUGAUAAACUGCUCAUUUUUUGCUCUGUUGUUGCGAAACAUCAACCUUUUGGUUAUUUUCACCUUUUAACUCUCCCACAAGUGGUGCUAUGAAGUAUUUGUUAAAAUGAAACUCAUGUCAGCCUAAAGUCAACAUGUAUAGUGCAAUUAGAAGAACUAAUCUCAGUAACUAAAAAGAAAACCUCAAGUUUCAUUUGUUCAACUUUUUUAGCUGUUUCAUAAAAUGUUUUUACCUGACGGUUUCCAGUCUUUAUGCCACACAAAGACACAUAAAGACAUGAACGAGGACGUAAAGUUUUCAUCUGAUUCAACUAAUUUUUUAGUUCCUUCAGAGUGCUUUAGUCACUGGGGACUCCAGUUGUAGCCAUAAGUUUAAUGAUUUAAUGUUCAGAUGACAAUCAUGAAUUCUUUGAUUUGCUUUCUUUAUGUUUUUGUUUUUACACAAUAUUUAGCUGUUGUGAGAAACGGCACUUUCAAGUCUCACACCGUUAUAUUGAACAUUGUAGAACCACACUUCUGAUCAUUUAGGAGGUUAUUAGGAGCUUCAUUCAGCCCAUCUUAUUUUUCUUUUACUGUAAAUCUUUUGUUAGACUGUCCAAAGUUGCAGUGUGCAGGAAAAGUCAAGUUCUCUUCUUUAAGCUUAUGAUACUGCCAUUUUCAUUUGAGUUUUUUUAUUCAGCUGAUUAUUUAGUUUUUCUUGCCAAUCAUGGCUGUCCAUUUCUGCACCUUUCUUGCUGUGUUUUGUCUGUUUAUCGAGUAUCCACUACUUGCGAAAGACUGCCUCACCUGUGGAUGUCAGCCAUUAAUUUUUAAAGUUUUUUUUUAACUGCCAGGAUUUCACCAUAAGCACUCAGACAGGAGUUAAUCAAAUUGUGACCCUUCUGGGGAGAGUGUGGGCCAAAGAACUGCAGCAAAAAGGAGAACCUGUGUGCUUGUUGGGACUUUUAUGAAGAUGAAAUGGAGAGCAUCUUGCCAGUCCUGGUUGGUGUGAUGUGUUUCAGCUCUUCCAGGUGAAGACUGUGAACAAACAAGCUACCGCAUGACCACAUCAGCCCACAGGGAAAACAGAAGAAUUGAGAUAACUGAUGCAGCUUAAAGGGAAGAAGGUGAAGACGACUGGAUCACAGUUUUACAUUACGUCUGUGUGUGUGUGUGUGUGUGUGUGUGUAGGUGUGAGUGUGGGUGUGUCGUGGAAGCUUAAAUUCUUAUCUUUUUUUUUUCCCAGAUGAACAUUUGUUUUUAAAUACAGCUGGACAUGUACCUGCCAGAGAGAUUACUAUUAUUAUUGGGGGAAAAAAGAAAAAAAAAUCUUGUUACAAUAUGGGAGAGAACUGCCAACAUCUACUGCUGAUUGGGGCCUAUUUUAUUCAGUGCUGGUUUGUUGUUGUGCUUGUACAUAUGUGUCUUUUCAAUCAUCCUUUUUUAUCCUGUGGGGGGUGGGGUAUCCAGGCAGCGGGUUGGUCUUACUCACAAAAGAGAGGAGGGGAAAAGAAUAGAGUAUUUUGUUAUUGUUCAAUCAGAGGGUGACAAUAUGUAUAUAUCUAUAUUGUAUAUAUGUGAUGAAAAUGCAUUGGCUUUUUGUGUGACACUACCUUCUACCUGUACUAUGGUUCUACAUUCAGUGUUUCAGUGUUGAUAAUAUAUAUUUGGUUUGUGUUUUUUCAGUUUUUUUGAUUUUGUCUUUGUCAUUUCUUGUACUUUUUUUCUCCUUUUUGUCUUUUUUUUUGUUUGUUAAUUGCACGGUUUAUUUUGUUGUUGAAUGAGGUGACACAGCUACUCUUUGUAUUCGUUUAGUGCUGUAAAAUAACUCAAGUGUUAUUAGAAUUGUGGAUACCACCGCCCACCCCACCCCCUUCCCCAAUAUGCAUGAAUGGCACUUAAAUAAAAUAUGGUAACUUCACUGUG